AUGCUAGUCGACCGUGAUAAGAUCCUCGAAUUGAUGAAUACGGCCGAGCCUCUGAGGCAAGGGAUUGGGGCAAGGGGAAACCCCCUUGCCGCACGCGUUUCCGCGAUGGAGGAGAUGAUCAAGAACUUGACUGAGCUGAAGCCCUUGAAAGAAAGCGACACCACAUUGGAAGUCGCACCUUCGUCAAGCCGGGCAGCCUCGACAAAGUCGACCAAGCGUCAGAUUUCUUCUAGCUCGGACACUUCAGAGUCAGAUGCUGAGAAUAAGAAACACGCAGCGGAGAAGCCAGGCCCGUCCAAAACCUCCACACCGAAGAAGGCAGUGAAAUUGAGAUUGCAAGAAAGAAGAUAA